CGCAUUUAGUGUCAACUUCAGAUGUAUCUGAUGCAGUAAUUAUUUUGUGGUGCGGUGCGACAAGAGCAAGAUUUAGAAUACUAUUUAGUGUUUGUACUUUUAUGAUUAUUGUGUAAGGAUGCAGUUUAUUUACUUUAUAAUAACCAUCUAACUAGAAGCAUUUCAUUCACAAUGUCUGACGUGAAGCAAGUGAAAGUUGACAACUGGGGAAUAUAUUUCCUCCAAAGACUAAAGCACUUUUUCAAUAGAACAGAUUACUGCGAUUUAACUCUACAAUUUCAAGAUAAUGCUCAGUUAAAAGUCCACAGACUGGUGUUAAAUGCCUGCACAGAAUAUUUUGAACUAUUAGAGAGAACCUGUGAAAUGUAUGAAGAUUGUCUGGUGAUGCCAGAUGAUUUACAAGCAGAUGUCGUUGUGCCAAUCAUCAACUUCAUGUAUACUGGACAGCUAGAAUUUAAAAUGGAUUCUCUUGAGAAGCUAUACCAAACGUCUCUAGUAAUGAAUAUGCCAGUGUUAACUAAACUUCUUGAGGCUCAUCGAACCAUGCAUGUAAAGACAUCAUCAUCCCAAAGAUAUUCUGGAAUGAAAAUUAAUUCAAAAUCAAAUGAUCUACUAAAAACAUCAAAAUAUUCAAACCAUUCUAGUCUCGGCAAACGAUCAUUUAAUAAAGCAUUUGAUAAUUACAAAACAUACCCUCAAAAAUCUGCAGACACUAACAAGGCAAUCAUGAGCAAUAAAACCUCAGAGGUUAUGAAAAGCAAAUCACAAAACAACAAUAAAAUCAUUUAUAGGGAGAAGAAGUUUAGUGUUCCUAAAAAUACAUCUCCCAAUAACAAUGGGAUCCGUGCUCCAUCUCCCAUUCCACUAGAUAAUGAUUUAUAUACAAAGAAAUUUGUGUUGGGAGGUGCCCGGCCUACAAGAUACGAGUUACCAGAGGAAUUGGAUACAGAUAAUAUAUUUGAAAAUUCAUUUUCAAAGUUAUCUUACACAUCAACACCUUUAAUGGUUCAUCCAGAAACUAGUAAACACUAUUCUAAAAGAUCAAAUAUAUUUACUGAAGCAUCUGGAUUGAGAAAAGGCAAAAAGACAACAGUUGAUAUUGUUGAAUGUAAAAAAAAUUCAAGAAGUGAUAACCUCUUUGAAGAUGAUUGUAUCCAAGCUUGUCCUGAUGAUGAUAUGUUUCAAUCUGCAUACUUAAGUGUAAAAGAUGAAGACAAGGACCCAAACCAAUUGUUUGAUCAAAUGUUAGACAGUAGUGGAGGUCCAAAAGUUACAAUUGAAAGCAAAGAUAAACAAGCAGGUAACUUAGAUCAUGCAAAAAUAAUAAGUGAAGUUUUAAAAAAAUAUCCUCACUUGGUCAAGAGCAAUAAAAAUAUUAAACUUAAAAUUGUGAAUUCCUCAACAAAAACAAAGAAACCCCCACAACCUGAAGAAAAGGCUGAAAUAAAACCGAAACCUGAAGUUGCUUUUUCUUAUGAAACUGAUGUCUUGGAUUCAAAGGAAGCUGCUAAACUAAUUGCUAUGGGAGCAGAAAAUAUUAAAGGGCCAUGGAUAUGCCUCAUCUGUGGUACUCCUGGUAGAGCUCUGAACUUUACUUCGUACUACAAUUUUCGACGGCAUUUGGUUGAAGUGCAUAAUGAAAAACCUGUAUCAACAAUAUGUGAAUAUUGUGGGCUUAGAUCAUACAAGAGAAAUUACUUACUUCAUCAUAUUUAUACAAAACAUGGGGUACCACCACCCCCUCAGUAUAAUUUCCCUAAAUGUAAUCUUUGUGAUUAUGUGGCUCUCACUGAAGCUUUUCUCAUAAAGCACAAAUUAACCCAUACUGACUCAAGAACUUUCCGUUGUCAUGUAUGUACAGCAAGCUUUAACUCGACAAAUCAAUUGCUUCAUCAUAUGCAUAAAACAGGACAUCUGGCUAAAGAGAAAAAUAUGAAUUUCCAAUGUGAAUAUUGCAUGAAGGUAUUCUUAAGAGAAAGUAACUUUUAUGUACACCUGAAAACAAGUCACCGAGAUGUGGCCAUAAGAGAUGGUAUCAUAGAAGAUUCAGAUGAUGAAAGGCAAAUUGAAGUAAAACCUAAAGUAACUCAUGACAUGAAAGCAGAUAUAAAAUAUGAACAUUCAUUUGACAAUGAAUAUGAAGAUAACAGUGUACAAUACCAGGCGCAACCAAAAACAGACGUAAAGACAUCCACUAAGAAAGCACUUAUGCCUACACAGAACGCAAAACAUAAAAUUCUUAAUCCUGGAUUCAGUACGCAUUCUACUAAGCCAGCUAUUAAACAAAAAGUGACUCCUAUCAUUCAUAAUGAAUAUACUCAAGAAAUUGAUAAUCCAUCUCCACAAGCCAAUGAUGAAAACAUUGUUCUUAUUGAUGGGGACGAAUAUGUAAUGAAAGAAAACCAGCUCAUACCCAAGAAAACACUUGAAAAUACGGAAUAUGUAUUAAGUAACAUGCCAUUUGUUGCUGAAAGUGAUCCAAAAUUAACGAAUUUGGAGGCAAGUAUAACACCAACCACAACCAUUGAAUUUGCAAAUUUAGAUAAUACAGAUACAAAUAUACAACAAUCUAAAAUGAUAAUGAAAAAAUCAGCAAAUAUAAAUCAGCCAAUACAAAUAGUAGUAUCAAAUGAAGAAGAAUAUAAAGCUUUAAUGUCUUCAAAUCAUUCAAUUAUAUUUGAUGAUGGUGAUACUAACAAAACAUUAACAGUUUUAACAGCUCCUCAUGCAAAUUCUAUUAAUAAUACAGCUAUAGAAUUACAAAAUUCUCAGCCUGGUGAUAUGAUGAUUAUUCAACAAGAUUAUCCUUUAAAUGUAUCUGAAACUGUUUCUGCAGUUUCAGCCGAUUCCAACUUUGUAGUAGUAUAUAGCCAUGCAGUUGGACAUGAAAGUCCUCCUAAACAAUAUCAAAUCAUUACACCUCCAGAAAUAGGCGCACAAUUUGUACAAGCUUCUGAAGUAAUGACACAAAAUUUUGAAACUGUUACAACUAGUACAUCUAUUCUAAACAAUCAUGUCAUCGAAGCACAAAUAGAAGAAUCAUGGCCACAACAAACAAAUGCUACGACCACUAUUCAAGAAACAGCACUGAAAACUGAUAAUAAAGUCAGUGAAAUUGAAUGCAAAGAAAUUGAUGAAACUAUGGAACAAACUGUAACUGUCCCCAAUACUUCUUUAACAGAACUCCCUGAAAUUCAGUUAUCUUCAACAACUGAAUCAUCUGAAGUUGAUGCUGUUACGUUAGAAACACUGUCUCAUAAUAUUAUUGAAGGAAAUUCUAUUAAUUUAGAAGCACAACACACUGCUAAACAGGUUAUUAUUGAAGAAAUCCAAAACAAUUCAACAGAAGUGAUGGAUAUUGAUAUUGCAACAGAAGUGAUUGCUGAUAAACAAGUGGUCACUGAAGUAGUUGAUCAAAUUGAAACUGAAGAAUUACCGCAAUCAUCUGAUGUGUCACAAGAUGAACACUGUACAGUUCAUGAUACAUCCAAUGUAUUUGUUGAAUCACAAAAUACACAAGAAAUUGUAGAACAAACAAAGGAAAGUGAUGAAAAUAUCAAACAUAACACUACAAAUAACACUGAAGAGGUUCAAAUGGAAGAACUUCAUGAUACAGUUCAACCUACUAAUACCGAAUCUAUAUCAGCCCCAAAAGUAGUUGAACAGAUUCAAAAUAUAACCUCAGAGUGGUCAGAAGAUGAAUAUGAUUUGGUUACAGAAGCACCUGUGAAAGAAAUAAAAAAUCCAGAAGCAGAAAUAGAAGCUCAAGUCACUGAAGAAUCUGAAGUUGAAGAAUCUAUUGAAAAUAUACAACAAGAAAUGCAAAAACAACUUUCUCAUAUUGAUGAAAUGCCAGUAAGUGAAGAGAAUAUUGACUCAAAUGAAAAACACUUAGAUUCUAUUAAUCCAGAAUCUCCUAAACAAAAUGAAGAAACAAAUACAAAUAUGGAUACCAAUCAAGUGAAAAUUACUUCCCUUUUAAAUGAUUGGGAAGACAAUGAUUCACAAGAAGAAAAUGUGUCUACUAAUAAAAAUGAUAAUGUAGUUCAGACAUCCGUCAUUGAGAAUGAAGUUCAAACAACAAUCAACCAAAACGAAACUAAUGAUGAUGUUAUGGUAAAUAAAAAAUCUGAAGAAAACGAAUCUAAACCAGAUGAUAAUAUAAAAAGCUUAGUUAGUGAUUGGGAUGAUGAAGAUGAGGAAACCAAGGAAUGAAGUAGAUAUUAAGACAACUUUCACAAUUGAAUUUUUUCACUGUGUAUAUAUUGAUAGAACUCGAAAAUGUCUGUACAGAUAAUUUUAAUUUUAAUG